AUGGUUGAACUGUUUCCUGAUAUCCAUGCGUUUUGUGCGCAUGUUUCCGGUCUUUUUGUAAAGGAAAUUAAAAUUCGUGCAAUCGAUCAAACGUCAGAGGAGGGUAGCAAGCUCAUAGCUGCGUACUUGGAAGGCGGUCUCAGUCAUUUUAACGCGGACGGUAACACAUCCAAUGACCAAGAAUGUAAAACCGACUACGACAGUUUACCCGUCGGAACUCUUCUUUUGCUGUCGUUGGAGCAGCUUGCUUGUGGUGCGAGCCUUAUAGAAUGCAUGGCAGCAGCCAGUGUUCCGUCAACUUUAGCCAAAUGUUUGUAUAUAUUUCUGGAUUUACCGCCCUCCGAAUCUUCGGAGUUAUCAAAGUCCCGUCUUUUAUUUCAACGCAAGUUUACUGGCAUCCUUCAAAAAAUCUGUGUGUCGGCGUUCGCGGCGGAGGAAUUGGUACAGGCUGAUGCACUUCGCCAUCUUUUCAGCGCCUCUGUUGACCCAUGCUCCUCUGAAAAUGCGUGUUGGCGUCGAAACAGCUGCAAAAUUUUGACAACCCUUGCACAGAAUUGCUUAACGCCUUUAGUCAUUCAGUAUAUUCACGACUCGAGCUGCAUUGCAGAGUGCAUCGAAAAUCUGCGGCAAAUGCGAUUGCCAAAAGCAGACGGUGUUGAGACCUUCACCUCACUUUUUCACGUCCUAUCGGAAUCCUCCCGGUCUUCAACACAACUUUUGGACGACUUCCAUGCCUGUGGAGGCUAUUCGACACUUACGGAAUACCUGCUUAAGUAUGAUGAAUCCUUGCGCAACAUCCGAGCUGUGGACUGCCUCCAGGCGACCUUCCUUCGGGCGCGGUCAGCCCUGCUCUGUACUGCGCUGCUCGAAUGCGUAAAGGAGAUCUUUGAACGCUCACCAGGCAAUUACUUUGUGCUCGACAAACACCACCUCAUCAGCUCCAUCACCGAGACGAUCCCCUCAAAACCUGACUGUGUCCAGGUAAGCAGCAGUAGCAGAUAA